CUUUUCUUGAAUGUGUUGCAGAAUAGCUGGCAGAAAGAUGAACUAUCUGUGUAAAGAAUUUUCAUCAAGGUAGCUAAAAUUGUGGCCUGUGCUGGGAAAAUCAUCUAAUGUCUCAACCUCAACCAGGAGUCAACCUGUGGGUCUGUUACUGUCUCUGACACAAGUCAUAGGCACAGAUUUAAUAGCAGAAGUGCUUUUUGUAAAGGUUUCCAAAAUGUCAGAUGUUCAUGACAUUUUAGAGUUAGAGCGGCCUAACUCCCCUGAAAUCAGUAAAGCAGCAAUAUUAGGACUCCGUAGCAAUGCAGUACCUGUUAAGAAGAAGGAAAAAGACGUGAUGAGGAGGCCUGAGGGCAUGCAUCGUGAGCUAUUUGCUUUACUUUAUUCUUCUGAUGGCAACAAAGAACUGCCUCCACUGCUGCAAACUGAUUCAAUGCCCCAGCAAGGCUAUAAGAGAACCAAAGCUCGGCUGGGUAUGCGACGAGUUCGUCCGUGGGCAUGGGUGCAAUUCUGCAAUCCUGCUCGUAAAGAUGGAGCUCUUCUCUAUCACUGGCGCAGAGUUGCUGAUCAGGGCAAAGAAUAUCCCUUUGCACAGUUCAACAAGCACGUUGAUGUUCUGCAGUACACAGAUUCCGAAUACCGAGAUCACCUUGUGUCAGAUACAUGGAGUCGUUCUGACUCAGACAAAUUAAUGGAAUUAUGUCAGCAAUUUGACCUGCGCUGGCCAGUCAUUCAUGACAGGUGGCCAAGAAAUUCAACUGAGGACUCGUGGACUGAUCAACAAAGUGAUUCCAUGGCCCGCUCCAUGGAAGACAUCAAAGAAAGAUAUUAUUUUAUCACUAAUACCCUUAAGAAGGUGCGCAGACUGACAGGAGCUGAAGGCAAAAUUGUCCACUACGAUGCUGACUUGGAGAGGAGGCGGAAGCUGCAACUCACCAGACUGUGGGAUAGAACUCCUAAACAGAUCGAAGAAGAACAGCAGCUGCUGAGUGAGAUGCGACGUAUUGACGCCCGGAAGAAAGAGAGGGAAAGGAAGACCCAAGACCUGCAGAAACUAAUAGCGGGGGGUGGGGGGGAGUCUGCUGCAGGGGGAGACUCUACCCCCUCAGCGCGCCGUCAGAGCAAGCAGUACAAGAAGAGGAUGUCCACGGGGGGCGUCGGUGUGGGCCUCAAUAAACUCGGCAAACAGGACAGCUUGACGAACAGCUCGAGCGGCAGCGGCACAUCCGCUCUCCACGGUGCCUCGGGCACGACUGACGGCAUACGGUUCCCUGAGCUGCGCAGCUCGGGCGUCGCGCUGCGCUCACAUACACUAAAGCUGCCAGCGUCGCUGGGGCUCAAGAAACUCAAAGCUAUCGAGCAUCUUCUUACUGAACUCAACAUAGAUCAUAACCCAAUGCCUUUAGAAGAGCUGUGCUCGGACUUCAACGAGCUGCGCAGUGACUUGGUGGUGAUGUACGAACUACGCACCGUCCUGCUUAACUACGUCUUCGAGUUGCAGACCCUCAAGCACCAGUACGAGACCAUCAUGCCGAACCAGACUUUGGUGAUCCCAGAGAGCCUGGAGGUGAUGACAAGUGCUGGCGAAGAGUCGCCUGCCAAAACUCGCGGAUUCUCCGACAGUCUCGACUCCGUGACCAACACACCUGGCACGCCUAACGUGAGUUGCCAGGAGAUACUUUUUUAACCAGGGGUCGUAUUACUGAACAUAGUUGAUACAAGUUUGUACCUCCGUCAGCAAAUUACUGACGGCUUUAUGAGCUCAACCCACAAAUCAAAUGUGAGAAAUCGGCCACUUUAUGUACUUAGAGUGAGGUUUGGUAGUUCAGCUCCGUACGUGUACAGUUAUUGUCAAUAGACUAACUUUUACUACAUUCUCAACUGUUCAUCUAUCGUCAGUGUGUGAUAAUAAAACCGAUCUUCUACGAAUACAUAUACUGUCGUCAAUGCUAUUCGUAUUUGAAUAUCAGGUAGUGUGAUUUACAAGUAACAACCAGUAAAUAAAUAACUAAUUCGUGUACCCUGGACUGGGUCAGGUGUCAAUUGGCUUGCUGAACUGAGUGAUAUCUACAUGGGUUGGUCGAAAUAAUGAAAACGCCUG